UGGACCCGGUGUGAAAUGAUGGCUGCCCCACACCCUGUGUCUCCUUGACCAUUUCCAGCUGUGUCACAGUAACUCCCAGAACUCCCUCUCAAAUGGCCAUAAACAACUACACAACUGUGGUAGAGUUUCUCCUGCAGGGACUCUCUGGGGAUCCUGAGCUCCAGGCUCUCUUCUUGUCCUUUUUCUUGCUUCUUUACAUCCUGGCUCUUGCAGGAAACACCCUCAUCAUCGUAGCCAUCAGCCUCAACCCAAGCCUUCACACUCCCAUGUAUUUCUUCCUUGCAAACCUGGCCCUGUUGGACAUCGUCUGUACAUCCACUGUUCUUCCCAAGCUGCUGGAGGGUCUGGUGGGUAAGAGCAGCCACAUCUCUUACAAGGGGUGCAUGACCCAACUCUUCUUCCUGACCUGGUUUCUAGGGGCUGAGCUGCUGCUGCUCACUGCCAUGGCCUAUGACCGCUAUGUGGCCAUCUGCCGCCCAUUGCACUACAGCAUGCUGAUGAGCUGGCCCAUCUGUGUCCUGCUUGCGGGUAGUGUGUGGGUCAUCAGUGCAGCCAGCACAUCUGUGCAUACUGGCCUGAUGGCCCGACUCAAUUUCUGUGGCCCCAACCAAAUUCGUCACUUUUUAUGUGAAGUCCCAACACUGCUGCUUCUGUCUUGCAGCCCAACCACCCUCAACAACAUCAUGAUUGUCAUCGCAGAUGUUUACUUUGGUGUGGUCAACUUUCUGUUCACUAUGAUAUCAUACAGUUUCAUCAUUGCAAGCAUCCUGCGCAUACGCUCCACAGAGGGCAAGAAACGUGCCUUCUCCACCUGCUCUGCCCACCUGGUGGUGGUCAUCCUGUACUACUCCACUGUCAUCUAUACCUAUUUGCAGCCUGGCUCUGGAUCCUCCUUGGAGAAUGGCAAAGUGGUUGCCUUACUGUAUACAGCAGUCAGCCCUACCCUGAACCCCGUCAUUUAUUCUCUGAGGAACAAGGAUGUCAAAGUGGCCCUCAGGAAGGUCUUUCCCUGUGUCCAUUGAGGAGCCAGAAG